AUGACAUUGGCUACGAAUAACAUCAUUGUUGGAUCUCUAGGGUCAUUCGUUAUGGGACUUCGCUUCGCAGAUGCCGCAUUCUGUGCUAUUAUCGGAUGUUUACUAGGAACUUGCACGGUGGGAUACAUCAGCACAUGGGGCCCUCGAAGCGGAGCUCGUACUCUGAUCGCAACUCGAUACUUCAUGGGGUACUAUCCCAGCAAAAUCUGCUGUUUUCUGAAUAUUUUCACCAAUAUCGGCUACAGCAUGAUGAACUGCGUUAUUGGAGGCCAGAUUCUGUCCAUGGUCUCUGGAGGCAGACUGUCUGUGAUCGUAGGGGUGGUGAUAGUAUCCAUCUGCAGCUGGUCGAUGGCUAUGUUUGGCAUGAAAGUGUUCCAGAUCUAUGAACGAUGCGCAUGGGUCCCCCAGCUCAUGGUGCUGUGCGUCAUGCUGGGCUCUGCAGCACCUCAUUUUGAUUUCGACGUCCAUACAGAUUACUCGCCAGGGCAUCUCAAUGCCAAGCGCCUCACCUUCGUAUCGCUCAGUCUAUCUACCGGCCUUGCAUGGGCCCCUCUGGCCGCCGACUACUAUGUCUACUACCCGCCCCAUAUCAAGCGCUGGAAGACCUUCAGUGUGACCGUUCUAGGGAGCUUCAUGGCCAUGGCGUUCACCAUCAUUCUCGGCAUUGGGUUAGGGACAAUCCUGGCCAGUUCUCCGGCCUUACUCGCCAAGUAUGGAAACAGCCCGGGAGGCUUGAUGAUGACUGCCUACGACUCGCUCGGCGGACUCGGAAAGUUCUGUGCCGUGAUCAACGUCCUGGCGCUGGUUGCCAACAACACGCCUGGCGCGUAUUCCAUGGGCAUGAAUUUCCAGAUGUUGGGCGGUGUAUUCCGGAAGGUGCCCCGGUCGGUCUUUACGACCGUCGCUACUGUUGGCUUCCUGCCUCUCAUCGGAUACUGGGUUAUUAUGUGGCUUGUCAUUGUUCUGGAGGAGGAUAUCAUUUUCCGUCGAAAGAUUGAAUAUGAUUGGUCCAAGUGGAAUAGCCCACCGCACUUACCUCUGGGGGCCGCCGCUACGAUGGCCUUCAUGAUUGGGUGGGCCGGCGCUGUCAUUGGCAUGGACCAAGCUUAUUACGCUGGUGUUAUUGCCGAAGCCGCCGGGGGCUCGGAUUUGGGCCUGUGGGUGGGGGCUGGCUUCACAGCGGCGAUCUUCCCACCAUUGAGACUCCUCGAACGGUGGUUCAUGGGACGCUAG